AUGAAAUCAAGAAUCUACGACCGUCUCCUACGGCGGGAGCUCGGAGCUUCUGACCCAUAUGCCGGCAUUCGUGGGCUAUAUGGUGAUCGGAUUUGGGUUGAUGAAAUGGAUAUUGUAAACGAGCUAGGUGGACAUACGGGCUGUGUGAAUGCACUGCAGUACGUUUGCGCUGUAGAAGAUCCUGCAAUCUGGAAUAUUCAUGCUGAUGGUGAUGAUAGCUGGUCUAGUUCUGGAAGUCUCCUCGCGUCGGGAUCCGACGACAUGCACGUAAAUAUCUUUUCGUACCAGCCGGAAUCGUCGAUAUCGCCGUUUUCUCUCAAUACCACUAUCCACACGGGUCAUACUGCGAAUAUUUUCUCUGUCAAGUUCAUGCCACACUCAAAUGACCGGACAUUGGUUUCUUGUGCCGGUGAUUCGGAGGUUCGGGUCUUUGAUAUCGAAUAUUCAAACCGCUCCGCCAGCUCUGCCGCUGAGUCUGCGAGAAGUCGACGGUUCAAUAAUUUUUUCAAUGGGAUGUGGUAUUUGACUGAUAAGAAUACAAAUUGCAGGGUCUAUAAAUCUCAUGCAGAUCGUGUGAAACGCAUAGUCACUGAAUCGUCACCCCACUUGUUUCUUACGUGCUCUGAAGAUGGAGAGGUUCGGCAAUGGGAUUUGCGUCAGCCCUCUUCUGCGUAUCCCUCUCCAAGGGGUGGCCAAGGAUUCAUGGCUUAUAGACCAGGCUUACACCACGAUGACUCCAAUGUUCCACCACCUUUGAUUUCGUAUAAGAAGCAUCAUAUCGACCUAAAUACCAUGUCCUGUGCCGCCAGUCAACCCCAUUACAUUGCUCUCGGUGGGGCUCAUCUUCACUGCUUUUUACAUGACCGACGGAUGAUGGGUAGAGAUCUAAUGGACGAGAAAGGACAAACGGGAAGUCCAUCCAGUCUUUCUGAUCAGGAUGACGAAACGAUGGGGAAAGCAACCCGUUGUGUUAGACGAUUUGCUCCCAAUGGCCAGAAGGCAAUGAGAAAACGGGACAGUGGACAUAUCACCGCUUGUAAGAUCAGCAACGCAAAUCCGAAUGAAAUGGUAGUGAGUUGGUCCGGUGACCAUAUCUACAAUUUUGAUCUUAUCCGAAGCUCUGACGCCAGAGAUGGAGAACAAAAGGAGAAAACUCAGAUAGGAGGCUCGGGGUCUGGAAGAGCCAAGAUGGAUAAGAAUCGAAAGCGGAAACGUGGCAAGGCAACAUCCGCAGCUUCGGCCGCUAGCGCCACCAGACGUCAAUCUAGACGCACAUCUGAGGAUGGACAUGUUGAAGAAAUGUCGCUUCGCGUUAGGUACGGGAACGGUGGGUCCGAAGAUAUUCCACUCGACUCCCUGGCUGAUGUCAGAGCGAGUGACGUUCCAGGAGAUGUCCUGGAGAGAGCGAGGGAAUCCGUUUUGAAUGAAGCGCAGAAACUCAGUCUUCGUAUUGCAAAAGGUCUCGUUGAAAUUCGGAAGCUGUUGUUUUCCGUUGAGCGAACCCUUAGAGAGGCGGCAGAAACUCAACCUCUUUCUGGGCCCACACCUUACACAACAUCCUUUACGUCAGUGCUUGGGUAUGCUGCGAAUUAUCUACCAGAAAUGGACGAAGUGAUUAGGACAUGGAGAUAUCCACUCAGUCCGUCCCAUGAUGACGUUCUUUUCCAGCAGGCGUUACGCAGGAACCGCGAAACUUCCAGAAGAUUUGUCCAAGCCUCGGGAACUCUUGCUAGGGUCCUUGGAGGCCGGUUGAACACUGCAUCAGGCGGUGAAAGCCCACAUCUUUCGUUGUUCAGGCAAAUCGUUCCUGCUCCGACAGAAGACGGAAUGAUUGACCCAUCCUCACGCUUUGGCUACGACUUUCUGAAAGGAAUAUUGCUAUGGCUCGAAGGAGGUAGACCGGCACUUCUAGAUGGUUUCAAACGACAUGGUGUUCGUCGUCGUGAUAUUGGCAGAUUUCCCUUGCUGGAUUCGGCUGACGAUAGCGCCAUAGAGGAGACGCUAAUUCCUUAUUUUCGAGAGCUGGCAGGUACUGAGCCCGUAGUGAACGUUGACGCAUCAGUAUUUGAGCAUGAUGGCAGACGGGUAUUAUUUCAAUCCCAAGCUGAUGCAGUUGAAGCCUUUGCCAAAGCUAUUAGAAUUCCACUGGAAGAUCUUGGAGACUCCGCUGCUGUUCAUGAAACCGAAGACGGGAGUGCUACUGAGAGUCAAGGGAUCCGCGCAUUGGACAAAAAUGCCGCUAUCAGGUUCUGGGGUCUGAAAGUUGGCAGGGGCAUCUUAAUGGAAGUGGGAGAAGGUGUGAAUUUUGAGUUCACUAACCGUGCUUUUGGUGGGUUGCGAACUGUUAUUGAAGACGAUGAGGAUGAGGACGAUGGGAGAGAGAGAAUACAAGAAGAUAUAAAUCCAGAUGAAGAGGAGGAGCCAAUUUCGGAGAUUAGGCUCGUUCGACGCCGGUCUUCUUCUCUUGAAGCACGACGCAAUACUGGAGAAUAUCAUUCAACUCACAGUCCGGCGCUUGAGCCGACCGGACACUCGAAUGCUAGAGUCGAUGCUGAUACAAGUGAUGAAGAUGAGGACUAUGACCAUUCUGAUACUGAUUCUGAAGGUUCUGACAACGAUGACGAGGGAGAUCAUGAUGCUGAUUCCUCAGAUGACGAGCACGUCUUCGUAAAUCACCCUACGGCUCGCCAGCGACGUGAAGUAGAAACUCGUGUGCCGUGCUCCUCACAUAUAAAUGUCUACCGAGGGCAUUGCAAUGUAAAAACAGUGAAGGAUGUUAACUUUUUCGGCUUGAAUGAUGAAUAUGUGGUGUCUGGUAGCGAUUGUGGAAAUGUGUUUAUCUGGGAUAGGAAAACGUCCGACCUAGUCAAUAUUCUCACCGGAGACAGCGAAGUUGUGAACGUUGUACAAGGCCACCCAUAUGAGCCCACCCUCGCCGUUUCCGGCAUCGACCAUACCAUCAAAAUCUUCUCCCCGGAUGCCCGAGCGCAGCAUGAUGCCAAAGUUGGCAUCAAUAUUGCUGAUCCAGAUGCUCAAGCUAAUAUCGUUUCUGGAAACACCCCUGGAGGCAAUCGCACCGAACGCAACACACUUGGUCUCCGGAGCCGAAGACGGAUGCAAGACAGUUACCAGAUCAUGAGCGAAAAUGACGUAAAUCGUCAGGGGGGAAUGAACGAAGCUUUCAUCACGGUACGUCUGCUAAAUCUUUUGGCCACUUCCAGAACAGAAGUAUCGUUCUCUGAAUGGGCCUCGUGGUUUUGA